AUGCCGCCCAGGUCGGUCCCUCGGGGCAUCCUCCGGCCAACUAGGAGUCUGCAAAAAGUCAUAGCAGCUCCGACUUCAUCCAUUUGUUUCCUUUGUUCUCAUUCACUGCCCAUCGGGGCUGGCAGGUCAUCAUCAACUGUCACGCACCCCAAGACGCGGUUGGGCUCCCGACGCGAUGAGUCCACAAUUGCCGCCGCACCCGACCCAAACCCGCGCCAGGAGCUUCAGGGUGCCUUGACUGCCCUGCAGAGGCAUGCUCCCAACUAUAUCAAUAUAUCCAGAGUUGAAUUGGCAUUGCAAGGCCUCCGUCAGGAUGCGGGCCGGGAAGCCGUGCGGCUGGCUAUCCUAGGGUUAGGGGACAACGGCUCUGCUGGUCGUGCUGCGAAGGGUUUGCUACGCUCUAUGCUGGCAGACCCUCUCUCGCCGGAGCAGGAGUGGGAACGUCAAUUAGACCAGCGAGACGAGUUACGGCCUCUUAUCAUCCGAAUCCGCCCAGAGGCGUCACAUUCCGACAGCGACCCUGCGAGGCCGGGUUUUGUGCGCCCCGCAAAUGCCAGGGAUAGCGCUGUCUUGGAGAUCCCCGUAUCGUCACCGACUCUCAACAAUCAUGGCCUGGAGAUCCUUCUGGCGACGGUAGGUUCUGUCGCGCCUCCUGGCCAGAACAACAACAGUUCCGUGGCGCUCGAGGAGGCAGCCCUGGCGCCCGCAAUAGAUAUUCCAACUUCGAGCACCGGCCGCUUCACCCAAAUUGCAACGCCCGUGCACAAAGCCCUGUUUGUGGCUGACGGGGUCGCGGGCGCUUCGAAGAUUGGUUCUCUAUCAGGAUUGGGGUCCACAGAUGACAUCGCGGGUGCUGUGAAUCUCAAGUCGUGCGCUGAUGAAGACCUCGUCGGUUGUCCCUUCACGCGGGUUGAUGUCGAGUCCGCCCGGCAGGCGGUCACUCUGUUCCGCGAGGACGUGGGCAAUGCCAUGGAAUUCGAGGCUCUUUGGUUCAAGAGUAACGUUCCAGCAGCCAAAGACUGGCUGCUCAACGGUGCUUUAUCCAACGAGGAUGGAACCACAAAAGCGGCCGUGAAGCAGCUUAUUGUGUCUAUUCUCCGUAAUGCCGUUACACGGAUUGAAGAAGACGAAGCCCGCAAUCUCUCGGUGGCGUUACAGCGUUCCACGGCUGUGACGGAGCUCAACUCGGCUCUAGCGGAGUGGUCUGAGGCUGCUCACUCGGAGCUGAGAGAGCAGCUGGACGAGGCAUUUGCUGGUAGAAGAUGGCGCAAACUUGGAUGGUGGAAACUCUUUUGGCGCGUCGACGAUGUCGGCAUGCUAUCUUCGGAGAUGAUCAGUCAACGGUUUUUGCCCCGCGCAGAACAGGGCGCUGUUUACCUUGCUGGUGGUAUUGACGGAUCCGGCUUGUUUGGGAAAAUGGGACAGGCCCCCGGCUACCAGGUGCCAGCUCGCGAGGCAUCUUCCGCUGAGGCUGCAGUAGCCGCUCCAGCCGCGACAAAAUGGCCUGCGCAUAUUGCAGAGACGAGAAACUAUCUCUUGCAAAAGAGUGUGCCGGCACUGCAGGCACUGGCACAGCAACUACUCAUUCAAACGCUUAGCACCACGACACUAACUACGUCCCUGGGCGUGCUCGCAUACCUCUCUUCGUUUGGAGCAUACGAGGCUGGAGCUAUAGCAGCUCUCGGGACUGUAUUUAGUUUGCGAAGGAUGCAAACAAAAUGGGAGACUGCCCGAGAGUACUGGCACGGAGAGGUUCGAGAGGAGGGCCGGAAGGCUGUAAGGGCUGUGGAAGCAAGCGUUGAGGGGGUUCUAGAGCAAGGGCGAGCUGGCGGUAACGAUGCUAUCAAUGCAGAAGAGCUUAGGCGGGCCAUGGAUCUGGUGAAUACGGCCGAGGAUGCACUUGAGAAGCUCAGGUAA